ACUUUUUUUCUCCAAAUAGGUAAACACUUGAUGAAACCACACAAUCGAUCUAAAAUGAUCUCUGGGUCUGUAAUGUGUCCGUGAUGGUUGUGGUGUCCUGUGGAGAUGAAGCAGUGAGGGGAGCAUCUGUAAAUGUGUCACUGCAGAAACAUGGGGGAAGCAGAGACUGUGCCAUCCGACGAGAAACAAGCAGAACCCGGCAUCUGUACCGCCGAGGAGUCGAUUGUAUGGAGUCAAGAAGUAGAAGUCUGUCUUUUUCACGCAAUGCUGGGUCAUAAACCCGUAGGAGUGAAUCGCCAUUUCCACAUGAUCUGUAUUCGCGAUAAGUUCAGUCAGAACAUCGGCAGGCAGGUGUCCUCUAAAGUCAUCUGGGACCACCUGAGCACCAUGUACGACAUGCAGGCGCUGGUAAGACCACUCCACUCCUGCCUGCUUGGGAUGAUAAGGUUUAUUUUAUGAUAUGCAUU